AUGGCCGAUUCCCGCGACAAAAGAUUUGUCGACAUUGAGAUGGCGAUCGGAGGAUUCUCAGGCGUGGAGCAUGAACUGAGAUGCGCCUUCAUCUGUAAAGUGUACGCCAUACUGUGCGUGCAGCUGGUGAUGGUAUUUGGGGUUUCUUUGGCCAUGACUUUGGUUCACCCUGUUCGCAAGUUCAUGCUCACUGAUGCUGGCUACUACGUCCUCUUUGGAGCCAUGGGUUUCACCAUUAUAGUGUUCAUACUCAUGCUUUGCCUUCGUGAGCUACAUCCCGUGAACUACAUUCUUCUAUUCCUCUUCACUCUGGGAAUGGCUUUCACGAUCGGUGCUGUUUGCUCACACCAGAAAGCUGAAACUGUUUUGCUGGCUGCCGGACUAACACUAGUUGCUUCUGUUGGUCUCACUCUAUUCACAUUUGUGGCUGCCAAACGAGGCUGGGACUUUAGCUUCUUGGGCCCCUUCUUGUUUUCUGCUCUUCUGUUGCUAUUAGCUUUCGUCCUCUUUCGGAUCUUUUUCCACACGGGGAAAUUAGGGAACCAGCUGAUGGGAGCUUUUGGGGCGCUCGUUUUCUGCGGAUACAUGGUUUACGACACGUUCAACUUGAUCAAGCGCUUCACUUACGAUCAGUAUAUUGAAGCUGCUUUGUGUCUGUUCCUUGAUAUUAUCAAUCUCUUUCUGCAGCUGCUUGCACUUAUGGGUGCUGAUGAUUAG